AUGGCCACUUCGAAAAUGGCGAUGGCCUCUCUCGCAGCUCACAUUCGUCCCUUCACAUGUUUGGCGGCGUCUCAGCCGUCGCGGUUGGUGCCUCAUCCGCCGGACCUCGUCCGUUGGAUCAAAAGAGAAGGCGGCUUCGUACACCACGCCGUGAAGCUGUCCCAGGAGACUCCAUUCGGUAUCGGCCUCAUUUCCACCGAGCGAAUCCCUGAAGGCACCGACCUAAUCGCUCUCCCUCCUCACGUUCCGUUACGCUUCGAAUCAGAUGAUUCGCCAUCGUCCCCUCUCCUCGCCGCUUUGGCCCGUCGAGUUCCCGAAGAACUAUGGGCAAUGAAAUUGGGAUUGAGACUAUUGCAAGAAAGAGCCAAUGAAGAUUCUUUCUGGUGGCCAUACAUCAGCAAUCUCCCUGAAACUUACACCGUUCCCAUAUUCUUCCCCGGAGAAGAUAUAAAGAACUUGCAAUACGCUCCUCUUCUCCACCAGGUCAACAAAAGAUGCCGAUUCCUUCUCGAGCUUGAGCAAGAGACGAGACGUGUUCUUGAAGAUGUCAAGGCCAGUGACCAUCCUUUCAGCGGCCAAGAUGUGAAUGCGUCCGCUCUCGGGUGGACCAUGUCAGCUGUUUCGACUAGAGCAUUUCGCUUACAUGGUGAUAAAAAGCGAUCUGAUGCUGUUCCCAUGAUGCUUCCUCUGAUUGAUAUGUGCAACCACAGCUUCAAACCAAACGCCCGGAUCAUUCAAGAACAGGACGGAGCUGACUCAAACACACUAGUUAAGGUAGUUGCAGAGACUGAAGUCAAAGAAAACGAGCCUUUGCUGCUCAAUUAUGGUUGCCUUAGCAACGAUUUCUUCCUCUUGGACUACGGAUUUGUGGUGGAAUCAAAUCCAUACGACACCAUUGAGCUCAAAUACGAUGAACACCUCAUGGACGCCGCAAGCAUGGCGGCUGGUGUUUCUUCCCCAAAGUUCUCUUCACCAGCUCCAUGGCAACACCAGUUGCUUUCACAACUAGAUUUAACCGGGGAGAUGCCAAAUCUCAAGGUAACCAUAGGAGGUACAGAGACAGUAGAGGGACGACUAUUGGCAGCAAUAAGGAUACUACUUUGUGGCGAAUCGAGGGAAGUAGAGAAGCAUGACUUAGACACUCUCAAAUCUUUAUCCGCCAUAGCUCCUCUUGGAAUUGCAAACGAGGUUGCCGUUUUCCGGACUGUGAUCGCACUCUGUGUGAUUGCGUUGAGCCACUUUCCGACGAAGAUAAUGGAAGACGAGGCCAUGAUGAAACAAGGUGUUUCAGCCACAGCAGAACUGAGCAUCAAGUACCGGAUCCAGAAGAAGUCAGUGAUCAUCGAUGUCAUGAAAGACCUCACGAGAAGGGUUAAGUCACUAUCAUCAUCUCAGGAGUCACCAAGUGCUUCAUAA